AUGAAACCCAAACAGAAAUAUGGCCAUUACCCUUUUAUUGCUUCAAGAUUCUCUUUAGCUCGAUCAGAGGAAUCGUUUCCUUUUUUGAAUUUUUUGGCCCCUUUAUUGGACUCUUCAAAAUUUCAUUGGACUCGUAAUCUAGACCAUUACCUUAAUCUUUUUAUUUUUCUCUUUUCAUUUUAUCAAUUAGUUCCACAUAUAAACUGGUUUCUUCUCUUUUCUCCGUUUAAUAGUGGAAUUUAAACUAUAUCAGUUAUAGAUUAAAAAAAGAAGGGAAAGAAAAGUGCACUCGUGGUUUUUAAAUUGGCCAAAACAAAAAUAUAUUUCACACCUUUUAAUUGUUUGGGGGGAUUUUUAAAGGAUAUUUUUAUUUAAGAGAUUUUUUAUAUUAACGUGACUUUCCAUCUGACAUUUUUCUGAUUUUUUCAUUUUUGAUGUUCUAAUUAAUGACGGGAAGGGCAGUAAAUUUUUAGGUACAGCCCAGGGGCCUAUGCAAAUUAGAUCAUAUUUCUGAUAUGACGUGUCAUAUUUAUGACAUGUCAUAUGUAGCUGUUCAAAUUGUAUCAUAUUUACGAU